GAGUUGAAACCAAGAGUCCUAUGCUAAACCCACCUAGCCAACCCAGGCACCCCAGGAUUUUUCUUUCAAUUUUAAGUAAUCUCUAUAGCCAAUGUGGGGUUUGAACUUACAACCCUGAAAUCAAGAGUCGCAUGCUCUACUGACUGAGCCAGCCCAUAUGUAUCGGGUUUUAAAUUUCAAUAUCGUAUAUUUCAUUUCUGUUUAGUACUUUUUCAAAGUCUUGUUCAGAGUUUUCUUUUAUUUUAGCUCUUGGAGUACCAAUUUGUUCCAUCUCUUUAUUCCCUUGUGAUGGCUUUUUGUUGUAGGGUUAGUAAUGUUCAUACUCUGCUCCUCCUCAGUGGUUGCAAAGAGUCGGAUGCUUAAAAGUAUAUUUGGGAAGUCUGCACUUACUGGUGAUGAUGAGCUCUGGAACAUAUGAAAUGUGUGGGUCGGUGGCUGAGGUGGAGUGGAGGAAAGGAUUGUUGGAAGGCUCUUCCCCCAGAACUUUGCGGUAUGAUUUCUUCUUACACAGGACUCCGCCCCAGAGUCCCCUCCUCCGAGCCUUCCCAGGCCUCUUGACCAAACAACGCCCCCAUCCCCCACUCACACUCUUUUCCCUGCUUUAUCUUCUUCAUGACAUUUAUCACUACCCAGAAAUAUAUUAGUCAUUUGCCUACCAUUUGUGUCCUUCCCACUGGGAACGUAAGCUCCUUGAUAGCAAGGCUUUGCCUUACGUAUUGCCAUGUUCUCAGGACCUGGCACGCGGUUUAUAUUGCCACUAAAUGUGAGUGAGUUUGAGUAAUCCUGUUUUCAGACAGGAAGUCCUCUCAGCCUGGACGCUGCAGCUUUCAGCUGGGUUGGGUCUGACCAGGCAGCAGAGACGAGGCGAACAGCUUGGUUUUCCAUUCCCCAACCUUUUUCUGGUCCUCCUCUAGGGAAGGUCUUUUUCUCCCGUAAGAGCUCGGAAAAUACCAGCCACCCGUGUGCUUCAUUGUGGCCUUUUUCUGGCAUAUGCUUGCACACCUGCCAAAAUCAGUAGUAGGCAUUAGAGAGCAAGAAGACCUGGGGGAAAAAGGGCACCCCCCCCCCCCCCCCCAAAGAUCUGGUCCGUAGCUGCAGGAGGCUGUAACUGAGUUAAGAGGACAGAGCAUUCACAGAAGACUCUUUAGGGUACUUGCCACUCACUGAGCUGCAGUGCGGAUGAGUACCCCUCACUGUGACGGGGUGGAGAAGGGCAGCCAGUGCGCUUGGUCCUUGGGCCAUCCCUCAACGGGCACAGAAACCGUUCCUGGAAGCUUCUAGGAGGGAGUUAUGAAUUCCCAGGUGACUCCAUUUUGCCCUGUCUCCACGGUUGCCCCUCAGUGUAGGAACUUGUUCUGAGCAAAGUGCCUGCGGGCGUUCCCACAAGGUGGGCUCAAGGGGUUCCAUCUGCAUCUCUUAAGGCCCCACCUGAGGCCACUUCGAGGAAUGGUGAAGAGCUGUGGAAGCAGGAUUCCAGGAAACCCUGCCUGGCUUUCCCCCCUUCCCUCCCUGUUGGGCCUUGGGUAAAGGAGCCCAUGGCUCUGGACCUUGAGGUUGUUGUGAGGAGACUACACAGAGGUUUUGUUCAGCACAAUGCCUGGUUCACCCCAAUAAUGUGUCAGUUGGUAUUCCAAUCUGGCAUUUCGGGAGCCACUCAGUUUCCUGAUCUGUAAAAUGGCUAAUAAUGCCUGCUGCCCACCUGCCUCUUCCCUGUGCCCCUGGCUGUUGUAAGGACAAGGGUUAAUAUCCUCAGGCUUUGAGGGCCUGGGGUGGGGGAGGAGCCACAUAAAUGGAGUAUUGUUGUGCUGGUGAAUGAUCUGGCUUUGUUCAAGUGUCUUCAGUAUUUGACUUCCUGCAGUUAGUGUCCCCUUGUGUUUAAUUGCUUAGAUAUUUGCAUGUCCUCAGCCGGGCAGUGCAUACCUGCCAGACUGUGGCCUGGGUCCUCACCCCGCUGGGGCCUGCUGAAUUAGGGUGAGAAGCCUCAUUUCCUCCGUCGGGGGGCCCCCCAGGCAUCAGGAAUGAAAGAAAUGCAGAAAGUAUGACCCACACGCAGAACUGGUUCUGAAUAGGACAUUUAUUGAAGAGCUUUUGCAGGAGGCGGCGGGCACUUUAAUUCCCGAGGCUGUUGGUGGCAGCUCGCUGCUCGCCCCAAGCCUGUUAACCGCUCGGCUGCCGGGGCUGGGAGGGCGCAGCUCCCGGGCCCCAGGUGGCCCUCUCGGUGCUCCGAUGGGAGCCCUUUUGAGGAAGGCGAAUCUCUCCGGAGUGCCCUCUCCAGGCAGCGAUGCCAGGAUGCCUGUCUCUGCCUCUCUCCGCCAAGAGCGCAGCCAGGAGCGGCCGGUGAGCCUGACCUCCACCACCUCCUCGUCGGGUUCAUCCCGUGACAGCCGCGGUGCCAUGGAGGAUCCCAAUGGCUCCGAGGCUUCUGCUGAGAACGGGGCAGGCUCCCCGCGCGGCCGGCAUCCCCCCAACGGCAACCCCAACUCCAGCGGCUGGCUGAGCGUGAGGGGGCCCCUGUCUCCGUUCAGCAGCCGGGCCCCGGCGGCCCCAGCACAUAAGCUCAGCUACCUGGGCCGAGUGGUGCGGGAGAUCGUGGAGACGGAGCGGAUGUAUGUGCAGGACCUGCGCAGCAUCGUGGAGGACUACCUCUUGAAGAUCAUUGACACGCCUGGGCUGCUGAAGCCAGAACAAGUCAGCGCCCUCUUUGGGAACAUAGAAAACAUCUAUGCACUGAACAGCCAGCUACUCAGAGACCUGGACGGCUGCAAUAGUGACCCUGUGGCUGUGGCCAGCUGCUUUGUGGAAAGGAGCCAAGAGUUUGAUAUCUACACCCAGUAUUGCAACAACUACCCCAACUCAGUGGCCGCCCUGACCGAGUGCAUGCGGGACAAGCAACAGGCCAAGUUCUUUCGGGACCGGCAGGAGCUGCUACAGCACUCUCUGCCCUUGGGCUCCUACUUGCUGAAGCCCGUCCAGCGCAUCCUCAAGUACCACCUGCUGCUCCAGGAAAUCGCCAAACAUUUUGAUGAAGAAGAAGACGGCUUCGAGGUGGUGGAGGAUGCCAUUGACACCAUGACCUGCGUGGCCUGGUACAUCAAUGACAUGAAGAGGAGGCAUGAGCAUGCAGUCCGGCUCCAGGAGAUUCAGUCACUGCUCAUCAAUUGGAAGGGACCAGACCUGACCAUCUAUGGGGAGCUCGUCCUGGAGGGCACGUUCCGCGUGCACCGCGUGCGCAACGAGAGGACCUUCUUCCUCUUUGACAAAGCUCUGCUCAUCACCAAGAAGCGAGGCGAUCACUUUGUCUACAAGAGUCAUAUCCCGUGCUCCUCCCUGAUGCUGAUCGAAAGCACCAGAGACUCCCUGUGCUUCACCGUCACCCACUACAAGCACAGCAAGCAGCAGUACAACAUCCAGGCCAAGACAGUGGAGGAGAAACGGAGCUGGACUCACCACAUCAAGAGGCUCAUCCUGGAGAACCACCACACCACUAUCCCCCAGAAGGCCAAGGAAGCCAUCUUGGAAAUGGACUCCUACUAUCCCAGUCGGUACCGCUGCAGCCCGGAGCGCCUGAAGAAGGCUUGGUCCUCCCAGGACGAAGUGUCCACCCACGUGCGGCAGGGGCGCCGGCAGUCUGAGCCCGGUCAGCCCCCGUUCAGCCGGGCAUCACUCCCCAGCGGGCAGCGAGGCUUCACGGAGCCAGGCCUUAAGGGCCGUAGGAAGUCGGAGCCCACCAGACACCUGCUCAGGCAACUCAGUGAGAAAGCAGGCGGAACAGCGGGAAUGAAGCAUGCAGGCAGUGCCGGCGCUCUCCUGGACUUUGGGCGGCCUCCUCGUGCUCAGGGCAUACAGCCAGAGGCUGAAGGGGCUGCCCGGGAGGAACAGGAGGAGGAGGAGGAGGAAGAGGAGGAGGAGGAGGAGGUGGUGGAGGAGGAGGAGGAGGAGGAGGAGGAGGAGCAGGCCUUUCAGGUGUCUCUGGAAGACUUGGCAGGGCAUGAAGGCAGCAAGAAGGGGGCCAGGCUGGAGCCCCAAGGCUCGGAGGAGGAGGAGGAGGAGGAGAGCCUGGCAGUGGCGGAGCAGGUAGCCGACUUUGCCAGCUCCCUGCUGGCCGCCCUCCACUGCUGGCACUAUCGGGCCAACGCUUUACUUUUCUCCCGGGGCGCUAUGGAGAAGGGGCGUAGGGAGUCCGAAGGCCCCAAGAGCCGCAGAAGGCCCAGCGGCCGGUCUCCCACUAGUGCUGAGAAGCGCAUGAGCUUUGAGUCCACCUCUUCGCUGCCAGAGGUUGAGCCAGACCCUGAGCCUGAGACAGAGCAGGAAGUAUUUGCUGCUGUGGAAGGUGCCAGCAUCGAGGAGGUGCCCUCAGACAUGGAGUCUCCAGAAGUCCUGGAAACACAGCUUGAUGCCCACCAGGAGCUGCUGGGGAUGGCCCCCCCGGGUGACAUGGUGGACUUUGUGGUGGCCGAGAGCACCGAGGACCUUAAGACUCUGAGCAGUGAGGAGGAGGAGGAGGAGGACGUGGGUGCCACGCAGGAGCCUGAGAGCCUCCUGCCGCCCUCCGUGCUGGACCAGGCCAGCAUCAUUGCCGAGCGGUUCGUCAGCAGCUUCUCUCGGCGGAGCAGCCUGGCCCUGGAGGAUGGCAAGGCCAGUGGCUUUGGGAGCCCGAGGCUGACAAGCCGGAGCAGCAGCGUGCUCAGCCUAGAGGGCAGCGAGAAGGGCUCGGCCCGGCGUGGCAGCACCACCGACGCCCUCGGCUCGCAGCCGCCCCCAGAGGUGGACAGCGGUGUGGGCGUGGCCACGGAGAGCAGCCCUUCGGUCAACGGGACGGAGCCCCCGAGCCCAGGCUGCCCUGCAGAGCCCGACAGGUCUUCCUGUAAGAAGAAGGAAUCGUCACUCUCCACCCGAGACCGGCUGUUACUGGACAAGAUCAAGAGCUACUAUGAGAACGCGGAGCACCAUGAUGCGGGCUUUAGCAUCCGGCGCCGAGAGAGCCUCUCCUACAUCCCCAAAGGGCUGGUGAGGAACUCCGUUUCCAGAUUCAACAGCCUUCCCAGGCCGGACGCAGAGCCCACGGCUCCUCUGGGGCACAGGAGGCAGGUGGGCUCCCGGCCGGCUUCGUGGGCUAUGUUUGACCUCCCAGGCCCCGGCCAAGCGAGCGCUGGGGAGCCAGCUCCUAUCACAGAUGCUGAGUUCAGGCCGUCUUCAGAAAUUGUAAAGAUCUGGGAGGGAAUGGAGUCUACCGGGGAGAGCUCUCACAAGGGGCCUGGCCAAGGCCAGGCCAAUGGUUUUGACCUGCACGAACCGCUCUUCAUCCUGGAGGAGCACGAACUGGGGGCCAUCACCGAGGAGUCGGCCGCCGCCUCCCCUGAGAGUGCCUCCCCCACGGAGCGGCCCAGCCCGGCCCACCUGGCCCGGGAGCUGAAGGAGCUCGUGAAGGAGCUGAGUGGCGACGUCCAGGGGGAGCUGGUGGCUCCACUGCACCCGCGCAUCGUCCAGCUCUCCCACGUGAUGGAUGGCCGCGUGAGCGAGCGAGUCAAGAACAAGGUCUACCAGCUGGCCCGCCAGUACAGCCUGCGGAUCAAGAGCAAAUCUGUGCCAGCCAGGCCACCGCUCCAAUGGGGAAAGGCGGCUCCCACCAUUCCCUGCCUGCAGGAGGAGGCUGGAGCACCCUCGGGCGGCAAAGGUAAGAGAAAGCCGGUGCUGUCCCUCCUCAACGAUGAGCAGACGGUGGCCCCGGAGCACAGCCCGCCCAAGCCCUGCUCUCCUCGGCAUUGCUCCUUCAGCCCCACUGCUGCCAGCCCGAGGACCACCUCGCCUGGGGUCCGGCCCUCCUCUCGAAGCCCCCUCAGCCCUUUCGACACUGAGACCUUCAACUGGCCUGAUGUCCGAGAGCUCUGCUCCAAGUACACCUCCCACGACGAGGCAUUCCAGGCCGAGGGCGGCCGGCCCCGUGGCCAGCCUGUCAACCGGAGCCGCUCGGUGCCGGAGAACAUGGUGGAGCCCCCUCUGGCGGGCAAGGUGGGCCGCUGCUGCAGCGUGGGCGCCAAGAGGGGCCGGGCAGACCCAGAGGCCACUCAGCCCCAGCCGCCUGGGGGAUUGCCCCAAAGCAGGCCGGUCGGAGAGGAAGCCCUGUAUGUCACCGCAGACCUCACCCUGGAGAACAACGGGCGGGUGAUCGUCAUGGAGAAGGGGCCUCUGCCCUGCCCCACUGCGGGGCUGGAGGAGGGCAGUGGGCAGAGACCAAGCUCACCAGCAGCCGCGGUGGGACAGGGGCUGGAUUUCCAGGAGUCUGGGAUUUCCAGGAGUCCAGAGUAUUGGCCAAAGGAAGAGGGUCCCAGGGACCCAGUGGACCCAGGCCAGCAGGGCAGAGUGAGAAACCUGAGGGAGAAAUUCCAGGCCUUGAACUCUGUAGGGUGAUUCUGAGUCCAAGGAGAGGGAGGAGCCGUGUGGCUGCGGGGGGGACGGGGAGGGACCACGGCAGGCUUGCCCUCAGGCCUGGCUCACCCUGCUCACGAGGGCCCCUGGAAGAAUGCUCCGGUGUACCCGGCAAGUGUCUUCACUGGGAACCGGCUGGUGCACCCCUGGGCUCGGGGCGACUUUCCACAGGCCCAGUUGAGCCUUUCUUCCCACCGAGGCCAGUGUGACCACUUCCCUUGUAUAUAGUUCUUUGGUGAGAAGCUGAAUAUUUAAGCUCUCCUCUUCCCAGGGAGAGCAAGUCGUGCUCAGGCCUCCAGUGUUGGGCUGACCACUGCCGGGCUGAGGCGCCCACCCGGAGGAGUCGUGGGGAGGUGGCCUGGGGAGGCUUUCCUCUUUGUGUCUUUUCUUAGGAUCCAGGCAGGAACCAGGCCCAUAAUUUAUUGCUUCCCAUUCCGCGGUAUAUUUGUGUGUGCACGUGAGAGUUUGUGUGUGUUCUUUUGUUGUGGAUUCCUCUCCCGUGAAGAAUGUAACGCGCUCAGUUCAGGUACUUUUGUAGGUUGUCUUGCUGAUCCUGUGGUUGUCACUAAUGUAUAUACAUUUCAUUAUUUGCCAAUGGUUCAAUAACCACUGCUGACCAA